AUGAGGAACCAAUAUAUAAAUCAACACGAUUUAAAAUGCACUCCCUCUCGACCUAUCAUCCUAUCGAACUAUCCUCCUGUCGACUUAUCCUCCAGCAGACCUACCCUACUGCCGACCUAUCCUGCUGCCGACCUAUUCUCCUGCCGACCUAUCCUCCUGUCGACCUAUCCUUCAGCAGACCUAUCCUCCAGACGACCUAUCCUCCUGCCGACCUAUCCUCCAGCAGACCUUUCCUCCAGCAGACCUAUCUUUCUGUCGACCUAUCCUACUGCCGACCUAUCCUACUGCCAACCUAUCCUACUGCCAACCUAUCCUCCUGCCGACCUAUCCACCUGCCGACCUAUCCUACUGCCAACCUAUCCUCCUGUCGACCUAUCCUCCUGCCGACGUAUCCUCCUGCCGACCUAUCCUUUAGCAGACCUUUCCACCUGUCGACCUUUCCUACUGCCGACCUAUCUUCCUGUCGACCUAUCCUUAAGUAGACCUAUCCUCCUGCCGACCUUUCCUCCUGCCGACCUAUCCUACUGCCGACCUUUCCUCCUGCCGACCUAUCCUACUGCAGACCUAUCAUCCUGUCGACCUAUCCUUAAGCAGACCUAUCCUCCUGCCGACCUUUCCACCUGUCGACCUAUCCUACUGCCGACCUAUUCUCCUGGCGACCUAUUCUACUGCCGACCUAUCCUCCUGCCGACCUAUCCUCCUGCCGACCUAUCAUCCUGUCGACCUUUCCUCCUGCCGACCUAUCCUCCAGCAGACCUAUCCUCCUGCCAAUCUAUCAUCCUGCCGACCUUUCCUCCUGCCGACCUAUCCUCCUGCCGACCUAUCCUCCAGCAGACCUUUCCUCCUGCAGACCUAUACUACUGCCAACCUAUCCUCCAGCAGACCUUUCCUCCUGCCGACCUAUACUACUGCCAACCUAUCCUCCUGUCGACCUAUCCACCUGCCGACCUAUCCUCCUGCCGACCUAUCCUCCAACAGACCUUUCCUCCUGCCGACCUAUCCUACUGCCAACCUAUCCUCCAGCAGACCUUUCCUCCUGCCGACCUAUACUACUGCCAACCUAUCAUCCUGUCGACCUUUCCUCCUGCCGACCUAUCCUCCAGCAGACCUUUCCUCCAGCAGACCUAUCUUUCUGUCGACCUAUCCUACUGCCGACCUAUCCUCCUGCCGACCUAUCCUUUAGCAGACCUUUCCACCUGUCGACCUAUCCUACUGCCGACUAUCCUCCUGUCGACCUAUCCUCCUGUCGACCUAUCCUCCUGUCGACCUAUCCUCCUGUCGACCUAUCCUCCUGCCGACCUUUUCACCUGUCGACCUAUCCUACUGCCGACCUAUCCUUCAGCAGAACUUUCCACCUGA